AAAAAGUAUUAAAAGCGUCAAACCCCAGCAGCCUAACCAGGUUGAUUAAUAUAAAAUGUAUAAGAAACAAAAGUACUCAGAUGUUUAGAGUGACCAUUGGCCGUCGCAUUGGUCUCUACAGAUUCUGUGGCGACAUCGGUCGCGGCAAUUUCUCAAAAGUCAAACUGGCCGUCCAUCAGCUAACGCGUGACAAGGUGGCCAUUAAGGUGGUGGACCUGGAUCGGGCUGGACUCGAUGCCAAGGCGCUGCGGAUGCUGUCCAGCGAGAUAGCCACUCUCGAGUGUGUUCAUCAUCCGAACAUCUUAAGGCUUUUCGAGGUGGUUGAGACUUUGGGACGUGUCUAUCUGGUCACCGAGUGGAUCCGCGGCGGAGAGCUCUACAACCACAUCACCCAAGGCGGUCCCCUGAGGGAGAUUCAUGCGGCGCCUCUAUUCAAACAGCUCCUGCUGGCCGUCAAGCAUAUGCACAGCCUUGGCUAUGUGCAUCGCGAUAUCAAGGCGGAGAACGUGCUGCUCCUGUCAGAGGAUCGCCUGAAGCUGGCCGACUUUGGUUUCAGCACACAACUCAUCAAUGGUGCCAAUCAGAAGCUCGACACAUUUUGCGGCUCACCGCCAUAUGCCGCCCCAGAGCUCUUCUCCGAUGAUCAUUACAUAGGCGCCCCCGUCGAUGUCUGGGCCCUGGGCAUUUUGUUGUACUUUAUGGUCGUAGGGAAUAUGCCUUUUCGGGCCCCCACCAUACCGGGCCUCAAGGCAGCCAUUCUUAAGGGGGACUAUCUGCUGCCGGGACAGCUCAGUUUGCCCUGCAUAAGAUUAAUACAGCGCGUUCUUAUCCACAUACCCGCCCAGCGGCCCACCAUCGAUGAUAUGCUGAACAGCCAGUUUGUGACUUGCCCCAAGCUGAGCGCCGACCUCAUGCAGUACGAGAUCAAUCUGCACAGCAAGCCCGUCAAGCGAUCCAUCUUCUGGGUGCGCACCAAGUCGCACCGCCUGAGAAAGUCCGCCUCGCUGAGGGACCGGUAUGCGGAGGUGGUCAAGAAGCCGGCUAUUAGCAUGAACACGCGCCAGCAGGACGAGAUGUUUGUGCAGAACUUUCUGCAGCCCAUUGAGCUCGGGCACGAGCUGCUCCUGCAGGUGCCGAGCCAAGUCAAGGAGGCAACGGCCGAGCCGGCCAAGCGUCCUGGCAGGCGGUAUCUACUCUGCGGAACGCUCAAGAAGAAGGUCACGCCCAUGGAGACGGAGCCCGAGAAACAGCUGUCCUGUUCGAAUGGCAGCCAAUGCCCCUCCGCCAAGAUAAAUCCCUGGAACGUCGAGGUGGCCGAGGAUUGUCCCCUGUUCAAGAACUACGAUGCAGAGACGGGCAGCUGCGUGAUGCUGCCCACCGCCACCGAAGAUCUCAGCAAGUUGGGGGCUCUGGAGUUCGAGGCGCGCCAGCUGCUGGCCGAGCUGGGUCUCUCCUCGGAGAUGCUGCUCAAUGCCCGCCAGAGUGGGCCCCGCUCGGACAUCAUUGGGGCCUAUCGGAUUGUGGUCAACCGGCUGCAGAAGCAAUCGUGGCUGGCCCGCAAACACGUCGAGAUGGCCCUGCACAUUGAGCCCAAGGUGGAGAAGCGAAUCGAGCGCUCUUGCUGUAUACUCUAAGUAGGGUCAUAAACCUGUUGAAUGUUUAUAUUACUCACCUGGUUCUGGUCGAUCUUGGGGUUCCGUUCCCCCAAAGAAAGGUAAUCUUAGUUGUCCAUAGCAUACUUAGUGGGGCUACAGCAGAUGAUUGUCUAGGAUUGAAUGUUUUUUAUAUAAAAGAAUGCUCAAAAUGUCUCAGAGAGAUGGCUGCUAUCAGUCGAAAGCCUUGGGAUCGGGAAGUUAGAGCUUUGUCACUUUUAAGACCAAAUUUUACGAUGCCAAAAGUUGAAAUCGGAGUGUAGUGCCUCGAUGGAGUACCAGUUUCAGACAGCAAUCAUCUCUGACUCCUUCGCACAUGUAUCUUAGAUCCGAUCCCAAUGGUCCUGCACUUGCCCAAAGAAGACACCCCUUAAGGCCAGCCACAAUUACCCCUAGAGAUGUAUGCUAUGGGUAAGCCUUUCUUUGGGUUGGGUUUCAGCCACAGGACCUGCCACAGGCCAUGCCCAAUUAGUGUCAAUUUUGCCAGCUGUAAGAGUCGGCAGAAGUUUGUUGUUAACGUAGUCUCGUUUUUCCUUUGGUUUCCUCCUCAUUAACCCAGCAGCAUAGCGAGAAAGUUCCUUAUUUCAAGUAGUUUGUGUUGUUUCAAACUGUUACAGCCGGAGGCGAAUAGUGAAAUUGAUAUAUAAAAAUAUAUAUAUAUACCUACAUAUAGUUAUACCAUACAUAUAGUCCAAGUAUUAUGUAUUUAGUUGUUGGUCCAUUUUUGAGCAUACAUAUACAGGCGAAUAUACGAAUAUGAAUAUGAAUAUGAAUACAUCUAUAAAUAUGAAUAUUGCGAUCUUUGAAAACCCUCUCAAUGUACAACGUUGCAUAAAAAUGUUUAAUUGAUCAUCAAAAAGCAUGAACAGUGUGUUUUUUGUGUAUUGUCUCCCGUGGAGUCAAUCUCGUACUCGUACAAUAAAGCAGCAUUAUGAAAGAAUCGUAA